AAAAUCAGUUGAGCAUUGGCCUCCGACCCAGCGUGUGACGUUGCCAGCACUGAGCUCAGCUCGACUCAUCAUCAACCUUGACGCUAGGUCUGUGGCCUAGCGGGACGUUUGCACAUUACAUCGCAAAUUGUGUCCGGUGAAGUGAGUUAGGCUGGGCUCGAAACUCCUGAGGGUAUAUCAGCCAGGACGGAAAAAGGUGACCCGGUGACCUCGCGACAGUUGGUGAAUUUGUAGAAUUCGGAGAAUUCUUUGAGUGUAGAAUUCUUGUGAGUUUGAGUGUAAGAAGGAAGUGGAGCCAAUUUGGUGGGCCGGACGGACGAGCAACGAAGAUAGGCUGGCAGGCAGGCCGGCCUCUACUUCUCCCGCGGACCAUCAUCCCCACCUUUAUUUGUCUACUAGCUUGACCUUUGAGACUUUGACGGACCGACGAAGAGAUCUCUCGAGCCAAUCGGGGCUGGAGUGUCUUUUUGGGAGUUUUGGGGCAAUUGGCUUGCCCGAAGGAGCUCUCCUAAAGACGGACACGACAUCGCGUGCGUGCGCAGACAAAAACCGAGUGCAGGGCCUAUCAAAGCCAUGGACUGAACCCUCCCCCUUUUGACCUGUUAUCAGGAUCUCAGCACUACUACUUCUGGUGGUGCGUGUGUGUUUGUGUGCGCGCCUGACUGUACUUUAUUAGCGAACUUACUAGAUUCCCUUCCAACCGACUCUCUCUCGCCGACCUGCUCUUCUACUUGCCGGCCUUGCCCCUCUGUUUUUUCUCGUCUGCCCCCACCUCGUUCUAAACCUGCUUUCUUAGCCGCCUUCAUUCGCAGUUUCUUCUCCCUCGCAGGGCACUUCAUUCCAGAUCCGGACCUUUUUCAAUUGCCCGCUUCGCUAAUUUAUUGACCCACGCUACCUUGGCUGGCUCAUUCAUCUACAGUACUUACAUAGGUCCGUCUCCGAAUCUCUCGUCUCUUCUCCCUCUGCUCUCGUCUCUCGUCUCUCUCUUCUCUCUCUCUCUCUCUUCCGAAAAUCAAGUCAAUCUCAAGCACGACAUCGCUCGGACAGAUGCUAAUCUGAAACACGACACCUCUGAUUUCCGGCUUUCUAUCCAGGCGCACACUUGAGCUUGCAAAUGCUAUCCGAAGCGUCUUUUCUCCGCGUAUUGUAAGCACCUGUCACGUGGUUUCUGAGCUAGAGAGAAGUCAUUACGAUCCCCCAACAGAGAGCCAUGACGACGGAAGGAUUGCCGUCGGAGAAUUUGAGUGCAGUAUCUUCGCUUGCGCGACCACAAUUGGGGUAUCCAGUCGAUGAACGCACACCUCUUCUCCCCUCGAAGAAGCAGGAUCUUAUUGAGGAGCCGGAUGAUGGCUUCCACCAAGCGUCUUUCACGAGCGCUGUAUUCAACCUUUCCACGACGAUCGUUGGAGCUGGUAUCAUGGCCCUGCCCGCAACAAUGAAGGUUCUGGGACUCCCCCUUGGUUUACUCACUAUCGUUAUAUGCGGUAUUCUCACCGACAAGUCGAUUGAGUUCCUCAUAAGGUUUUCUCAACCGUGCAAAGCUCGUUCAUAUGGAGGACUCAUGGCCGAUUCAUUCGGAAAGCCCGGCAGAACGUUGACUCAGUUGUUUAUCAUCAUCAACAAUGUCGGAGUUCUAAUUGUUUAUUUAAUCAUUAUCGGUGAUGUAUUGUCAGGGGCAAGAGGUUCGGAUGCUGCCCAUACUGGACUCUUUGUAGAGUGGGCUGGGGGUCCGACUUGGUGGAACGGUCGGGCCUUUGUUCUCGCGGCAACGAUGUUGUGCAUAUUACUACCACUCGCGUGCUUCAGACAUGUUGAUUCAUUGAAGCACUCGUCAGCGCUAUCGGUUGGACUAGCUGUGGUCUUCGUUGUGAUCACUUCGGUAGUGGCCAUCAAAAAGUUGUUCGAUGGAACGAUUGAUGCUCCUAGACUGUUGCCUGAUGUAUAUGAUCAAUCUUCCUUCUGGAGGCUCUUUACCGUUGUACCAGUUAUGGUUACGGCCUACAUUUGCCAUCACAAUUUGCAUCCGAUCGCCAACGAAAUGAAGGGUUCCUCGGAGGCAGAGAUUCACCGUGUCUCACGUGCCUCUAUCCUUCUAUGUAGCAUGAUCUAUGUGGCAACAGCUCUAUUUGGAUACCUUCUUUUUGGAGAGAAAACGGCAUCUGAUAUUCUUUCCAACUUCGAUACCGACCUUAACGUGCCAUACAGCAAGCUUCUGUGUGGAAUUAUCCGCAUUAGUUACGCUAUUCACAUCAUGCUGGUCUUUCCUCUCUUAAACUUUUCUCUCCGCCUCAAUCUUGAUGCCCUCUUGUUCCCGAAAGCUAAGGCUCUGGCUGAGGACACACGACGGUUCUCUAUUCUUACAGCUGUUAUCAUUGCUUCCGUUUUUAUUGGCUCAACGUUGGUUCCCAAUAUUUGGGUCGCCUUUGAGUUUACUGGAGCAACAGCCACGGUUUGCCUUGGUUUCAUCUUCCCCGGCCUUAUUGCUUUGAGGGAUAACUCAAACAUUGCAACGAGCAGGGACAAAUGGCUGGCCCUUAUUAUGGUUGUUGUGGCCGUUAUUUCCAGCGUGUCGGCAAUUACUACAAACAUCUUCGAUCUCUUUGCGACUGUUGAUUCAGAUCAACCAAAGAACCUGCAUGGAAUAUAUUCGUAUUUGAGCGUCAGGAGGUAAAUUGAACGCCCUCGAAGGUCGGUCAGCCCGACCUACAGCUGUAAUCAUGUGUUUAGAAUAUGCAGUCGUAUUUGGAGUUCAAGGUGGCGGAUUCAUCUGUCGUCAAUAUACGGUCACACAUUCAUCGUGCCUGGAGGAUAUGGAGAAUUUUGGGGCUAUUUUCCCCAAUUUCAAAUCCAAUUGACAUUCUUGGUAGCCUGUAAAGUACAGGCAAGAGAUUCAUCUCUAGGUCUUUCUUGGAAGGAUGUUUUUCUUAUCUCCCUUAUCUUUGAGAAGAUCUCAGUGUUGUGCUCAUCUGAGAAGAUCUCAACUUUGUAAAGUUGAAGUUGUUGAUCAUCAUCUUGGUCAAGAAGCUCGCUGCGCGCGAGCUGUUCUCGCUGAUCUCCCACUGUUAUAAAAUGAUCAACCUUGCAUUGAAAUUGCACAAAUGUUGCAUUAAGUAUGGAGCAUUUUUAGUGGGAGCAAUAGUAGAGGAAAGUGUACAGUUACUAGCGUUAGUUCCAGUUUGUAUAGCUUGAAGCAGACUCUUUGUCUUCUGGGCACAGUUGCAGCCGGUUGAGAUAGAUAUGGCUUCCAACAGGCAGCAAAGACAUUUAUUAUCUAUCGGGGAUUAUGGACAUCGUGAAACUUUGUAAGACGAGCUCAGAUCCUUGUAAAGAGUCCAAAUACAAUACAUUUACAGAGUCUGAUCCUCUGCAAGGCGAUCAAUGUGUCAUAUGUUUGAUCU